UCUCUCUCAGACACAUAGAAAUAUACAACACAUGCAUGUCAUUAUAAAUAUUUACACCUCACCCCUCAAUAUUAUCCACCAACUUCCCCCUCUACAAACACAACAAAAAGCUUUUCUCUUCAAUUCACUCAAAACACAAGAAAAUGGCCAUCCCCAAGAAAUCUACAAAACUUUCUCAAACAACAAUGCUUAGGCAUAUUCUGAAGAGAUGUUCGAGCUUGGGAAAGAAGAACGGAGGAGGAGGAUAUGAAGAGUAUGAUCUCCCACUUGAUGUACCAAAGGGACACUUCCCUGUCUAUGUAGGAAAAAAUAGGAGCAGAUACAUAGUUCCUAUAUCUUUUUUGACCAAUCUUGACUUCCAAUGUCUCCUUAGAAGAGCUGAGGAAGAGUUUGGUUUUGAUCACGACAUGGGUCUCACCAUUCCUUGUGAUGAACUCUUCUUUCAAGAUCUGACUUCCGUGAUCCGAUGAGAACUAUGUAUUUUCAACAAGACGAAGAACAAGUAAGCUGAAGGAGAUAGAGAUGGAGAUGGUUAAAGAUGAAGUUUUUUUAUUUUAUUUUUUGUAGCUUCUCUUUUUUUGAACAUCCUCUCUCUUUUCUUUAGUUUGAUGUAUUUCCUAUAUUUUCUCUGUUUCUUUUGUCAUAUUUUUAAGCUCAUCUUGGGUAUUUUUUGGGUCCAGUUUGACUCGUCUAGCCAAAAAAACCCACGAGAUGGAAAUUUUUGGGUUUAAAUCUCUGAAGAAAGCUUGUAAUAUUUUCCUCACGGGUAUUUGUUUAUUACUAAAUCUGCGAGAGACGUUAAUUAUUAUCUUUGA